AUGGAGAAAUCACUCUUACCUCAAAUCCAGCCCCCAACUUAUGGUAACCUAGUCACCAUUCUUAGUAUUGAUGGAGGUGGUAUCAGGGGCAUCAUUCCUGCAACUAUCCUUGCUUGCCUGGAAUCUCAACUUCAGGAGCUGGAUGGUGAUGAUGCGAGGAUUGCAGACUACUUCGAUGUGAUUGCUGGAACAAGCACAGGUGGUCUUGUGACUGCCAUGCUAACUGCUCCGAAUGAUGAGAAACGUCCUCUAUUCGCAGCCAAAGACAUCAAGCCCUUUUAUCUUAAGCAUGGCCCUAAAAUAUUUCCACAGAGAAGGGGUAUUUUCGGCUGGAUCAUGAAUAUUUUUAGAUCAAUAGUUGGGCCCAAUUAUGAUGGGAAAUACCUUCACAACCUCAUAAAGGAGAAACUAGGAAGGACUCGGUUGCAUCAGACCUUGACCAGUGUGGUUAUUCCAACUUUUGAUAUCAAGAGUUUGCAGCCAAGCAUUUUCUCCUCCUAUGAGGUUAAAAGAUCCCCAAGUUUGGAUGCUCCACUGGCUGACAUAUGCAUUGGUAGCUCUGCAGCACCAACAUACUUUCCGGCCUAUUUCUUUAAAAACCAAGAUAAAGAAGGAAAAGCACGGGAACUCAAUCUUAUUGAUGGUGGUGUCGCAGCAAAUAAUCCGGCUUUAGUUGCCAUAAGCCAAGUAACGAAACAAGUUUUUGACAAAAACCCAGAUUUCUUACCAAUUAAACCCAUGGACUAUGGCCGCUUUCUAGUGAUCUCAAUAGGAACUGGCUCUCCAAAGUCAGAACAGAAAUACAAUGCCAAAAUGGCAGCCAAAUGGGGCGUUUUGGGUUGGCUACUUCAUGGUGGUUCCACUCCUUUGGUGGAUGUGUUUACGCAAGCAAGUGCAGAUAUGGUUGAUUUCCAUAUUUCCGUGGUUUUCCAAGCCCUUCAUUCUGAAGAUAACUACCUCCGAAUCCAAGUGAGCUCCUCCAAUACAUGCUCAUGUUUCCAUUUGGCUUUUGCCUUAAACCUUCUUGUGCAUUGA